GGAUUUUAAAAGUCCAUCUUUGUUUAACGAAAAUACAAAUUUCUAACAGAUUUGGUGCAACAUAAUGUGGAGAUUUUGUCACAGAACAACAAAAUAUCCUCCUAAGCAAUAUUGAUGUUAGGUCCUGCGCUUUUGACCGUUCGUUCAACCACUGUACCUGCCGUACACUUGCCAAAACAAGGGUCAGUUUGGACGAAAAUGACCAAAUUCCAACAAAUGGAAAACGAUGGCGAGCAAAUAAAAAGGUUUGUUUUUGGCGGUAAAUCCAGAAACGGUGCCUCGUACGUAGGUGAAAAGCUGGAAAUACUCAUACCGGAGCUUCCACUGCCGGGUUAUUCGUUUUACACCUGGCCGUCUGCACCGGUGCUUGCCUGGUUUCUUUGGGAACGACGCCAUUCGCUCAUCAACAAACGAAUACUAGAGAUCGGUGCCGGUACGGCGCUGCCGGGGCUGCUGGCAGCAAAGUGUGGAGCUCACGUAACACUCAGCGACUGCAGUACGCUACCGAAGACCUUGGAACACAUACAGCGUUGUUGUCGAUUGAACAAUCUUGUGCCCGGACCCGGCAAGGACAUCGAAGUCAUCGGACUGACGUGGGGACUAUUCCUGGAGCAGGUGUUGCAGCUAGGACCGCUGGACUUGAUUCUCGGUUCCGACGUGUUCUACGAUCCGUCGGUGUUUGAAGACAUUUUGGUGACGGUUUCGUUUAUACUCGAGGCAAAUCCGGGCGCGAAAUUCAUCUGCACCUACCAAGAACGGAGUGCCGACUGGUGUAUAGAGAAUCUCCUGAAGAAGUGGGAUUUGGUUUGUUCCGUCAUCAGCUUAGACAAUCUCAGUGAGGACCUCGGUGUAGAUCCACAGGAGUUGAUGGGCAACCAUACCGUCCAUUUGUUGGAAAUAGUGAGACAACCGAUUGGAUAGGCCCUUCACAAAAGCUACUGCCAUGUCUUCCACCACCGCUGCGGCCAGCACGAUCGCCCGAGGCGUGCAAAAAUUGUUCGUAGGCAACCUGCCGUGGACGGUCAGUACGAAGGAGCUCAAAACCUACUUCUCCAAGUACGGCCAUGUCCAUUCGACGAACGUAAUCUAUGACAAAACGACCGGAAUCAGUCGUGGGUAUGGGUUCAUCGUGUUCAGCACGCGCGAAGGCUUCACCAAUGCCACCAACAACCGGUUACACGUGCUCGAGGGACGUGUGCUGGACUUGCAACCUGCCUCUUCUUAACAUGUAAGCAUAGGAUACGGACACAUUUCGAAGGAAUCGCUUAAAAACAUGCAAUGUAAUCGAAUGUAUGAUUUCAUUGAAUAGAAAUGUUUGAUUUAGCCAUAAAACUAA